UAUAAUGCAUGAAUGAAGGGGUUGUGAUGUUUGUGUCCGGUAUUUUCAGGGAUUAUGAGUUCCUCGAUUAUAAGUUGUAUAUAUGUCGUAUAUUUAAAUGUGUAUAAUGCCUGUGUUUGUCACUUGGAGUGGAAAACUUGAACACUAACUAGUAUUCGGCAUUUAAAAAAGUGUUGCUUAUGGUGAUCGAACUGCCGAAAACAUCUAAUGCCAGGAUGGGCAACGCUGGGUCUUCUCGUCAGAGUACCUGUCAUCAGAGAGUAAAACAGUAUCCUGUUGACAGCAUGAAAAUGCCCAUGCCUGAGCAAAAUGAGUUGGAAAAAAGAUUUACUAAAGUUUUGGCAUCCAUGGAUUUACCGCCGGACAAAGUAAAACUCCUGAAGCAGUAUGAUGAUGAGAAAAAAUGGGACAUGAUAUGUGAUCAGGAGAAAGUUAUGGCUAAAGCAUCCCCUGCUUUCUAUCUACGUAAACUAAAGACAUAUUUAGAUCCUAAAGCCUCAAGAAGCUCCCGGUUGUGUUUACAGAAACGAAAAAUACUAGGUGAUGCAACAUCAACACAGGUUUUAAGGGAUUUAGAGAUAUCUUUAAGAACAAAUAACAUUGAAUGGGUUAGAGAAUUUUUAAAUGAAGAAAAUAUGGGUCUUGACAUCUUGGUAGAUUAUCUAUCAUUUCGUCUUCUAAUGGUCAAACAUGAACAAAUAGUAAAUCAAGCAAACCAUGAAGAAGGUAGUGUUGUCCCAAAUGGAAAUACAUUAAGUUCAAAGAAUAGGCCAUUAUUGCAUGUGGAAAGUUUGAAAGUUCGUCGAGCAACUAAACACAUAGCCAAAUUAAAUAUGGGUGAAGCUAAAGAUGACAUUCAUGUGUGUAUCAUGUGUUUAAGAGCCAUAAUGAACAACAAGUAUGGCUUUAACAUGGUCAUAGAACAUACACAAGCUAUCAACUGCAUUGCUCUUAGUUUGAACCACAAAAGUUUACGAACUAAAGCCUUAGUGUUAGAGCUGUUAGCUGCCAUCUGCCUUGUGAAAGGUGGGCAUCAAAUUAUUCUUGCUGCAUUUGACAAUUUUAAAGAAGUUUGUGGAGAAAGGCGGAGAUUUGAAACCCUGAUGGACUAUUUUAUAAAUUAUGAAGUUUUUAAUAUUGACUUUAUGGUUGCGUGCAUGCAAUUUGUUAACAUUGUUGUCCAUUCAGUCGAAGAUAUGAAUUUUCGUGUUCAUCUGCAAUAUGAAUUCACGCAAAUUGGUUUGGAUGACUAUCUAGAAAGAUUGCGCCAAACUGAAAGCGAAGAAUUACAGGUGCAAAUAUCUGCAUACCUGGAUAAUGUGUUUGAUGUUGGGGCACUUAUGGAAGAUUCUGAAACCAAAAGUGCUGCUUUGGAACAAGUUGCAGAAUUGGAAGAACAGCUAUCUCGAGCAAAUGAACAGAUUCAAGAAAUGGAAAAUGAACUUAUGGCCCGAUUAGUUGAACUUGAAACUCAUCUUGAAAAUGUCACCAAGGAAAGGAAUGAACUUUUGGAAUUACACAAACAGGCUGAUGAGGAAUUGAAUACUUUAAGAAGGGCUGUUUCUCAAAAAGAGGAGGAGUCUCGUCAGAGACAGAGCCUUUUGGAGUCCAAAAUUCAAGAGCUGGAAGUAUUGCAAAAUACUCUUCCUAGAGGUAGUACAAUGUCAUCUAGUGCUAUGGAUGGCCAUUCUGUAUCAGUGCUGCCAUGUGCCCCACCGCCACCUCCUCCCCCUCCUCCUCCGCCACCAGUAUCUGUUCCUCCUCCACCACCACCUCCACUCCUAGCCAAAGCUCCUCCUGGACCUCCACCAAUGCCUGGUAUGAUGCAGGCUCCUCAAGAUGCCAUGACAAUUAAAAAGAAAUUCCAAACAAAAUAUAAACUUCCUACCCUUAACUGGAUAGCACUAAAGCCUAACCAAGUUAAAGGGACAAUAUUUAGUGAAUUGGAUGAUGAUAAAUUGUACAGUAUAAUCGAUUUUGCAGAAUUUGAGGAACAUUUCAAAUUAGGUAUUCAAGGGCCAUUUUCCGAUCGAACAGAUGACAUUAAUGGAAGUAAAAGAUUUAAGGUUCCAGAAAAGGUUACUUUAUUAGAACACAACAGGCUGCGGAACAUGGCAAUAUCCCGGCGAAAAGUUGAACUUCCUUGUGAUGUUGUUGUGAAAGCUAUAAAUGCACUUGAUUUGACCACUCUGUCUCAAGAAUUUGUUGAAAUUCUUUUAAGAAUGGUGCCCACUGAAGCUGAAAUGAAGGCUUACAAAGAGUAUGAAAGGAAUCGAAAACCCAUUGAUGCCUUAACAGAUGAGGAUAAAUUUCUUUUACAGUUAUCCAAAGUUGAAAGGCUUUCUCAGAAAUUAAAUAUAAUGAGUUAUAUGGCUAGCUUUAAUGAAAACAUACAGCUGAUAACGCCGCAAGUUCAUGCCGUUAUUGCUGCUUCUCGCUCAAUAAAGAAUUCAAAGAAAAUUAAGAAAUUACUUGAGGUUAUUUUAGCAUUCGGAAACUAUAUGAACAGUUCUAAACGAGGUCCUGCAUAUGGUUUCAAGUUACAGAGCUUAGAUAUGUUGGCUGAUACAAAAACUGCUGAUAGAAAAAUAUCUCUUCUUCAUUACAUAGCAGAAACCAUUCGACUAAAAUUUCCUCAGAUUUCAAAUUUCGACAGCGAAUUAUUGUUUAUAGAAAAGGCAGCAUCAGUUUCCAUGGAGAAUGUUUUGACUGAUGUUCAUGAAUUGGAGAAAGGCAUGGAAUUAUGUAAAAAAGAAAUGCAGUUGAGGAGGGAUGCUAGAGAUGCUGCAGUCCUUAAAGAAUUCUUAAGCAGUACUGAAGACAAAUUGAGAAAACUUAAAAACGAUACCAAAACUGCUCAGGAUGCCUAUUCUGAUUGUGUAGAGUAUUUUGGAGACAGUGUUCGCUCUAUUGCUGCCAAUACUUUCUUUUCACUGUUUGUACGAUUCACUAAAGCUUUUAAGCAAGCUGAAUUAGAAAAUGAAGCAAGGAAAAGACAACAAGAAGCAGCAGCACGAGAAAGUGAAAGGCAUGCUGCAGAAAGUAUAUCAAAAAAGAAUAGCUUGAAUUCUAGGAAAAAUAAUCAAGAAGCUGUGAUUAAUGAGCUGAAAAGCAAAACAAGGCAAGUGAAGGAAACUCGUUUGCUGAAGCAAGAUGAAGUGUAUAAUGGUGCACUUGAAGACAUUUUAUUAGGUUUAAAAAGUGAGCCUUAUAGACGUGCUGAUGCAGUACGGAGAAGUCAGAGACGUAGGCAAGAAAAUAUUAGACUGUCCCAUGCUAUGGAUGAACUAGAGCUUUGAAAAUUGUUUAUUUUCCCUAUAUAAUGACUCAGUUUGUGCCAUUUGAUGUUUCUGCAUUGUAUUUGUUAAUGGUAUACAUCAUUUGUUCCUUUUUAACAACAUCGUUCAGAUAGCUGAUUUGUAGAAACAUCAUAGCCUUUUUAAAGAAAAAAGGAUUAUGGAACUUUAUUGAUUUAUUAGAGAGGUUAGCAAUUUUUGUAAAAUUCAGAAUGCCUUCUCAAAAAGGUGCCUUGCUUCAAAAAGGUCUUGUUAGACCUAAUUCAUUUAAUAUUUCUAGACAAAUGGUAUACGAAAGCUAAUGCUUAAAUUAUUCGAAAAUAGACCAUGCCAUUGCACAAAAAUGUUUUUUAUGUUUUUAUUUUAAACAUGAAUCUUUUUUUGUACAGUUAAUUCAGAUUAUUAUAUACUUAUGAAUAUAUGUCAUUUAUAUGCAGUAAAAUUUGCUUAAGGUGUUUUUAAGUUAUUAAUUGUUAAAUGUUAUCUUUUCAGGACAAGUAAAUAAUUUUACAUUAAGAAUAACUAAAUAUAAAAAAAAUGUUUUAAGAAUAAUUAAUAAUAGUCAAAAAUUUAAUUAAACAUAAUUAAGUUAUAUUUUUUGCUAGAAUUACGAAGAUUUAAUAAAUUAUAUUCCAUACUAAAACUUCUUUGAAAAAGGUUGUAAUAAUUACAUGAAAUGUAUUUUGCAUAAUAAUCUCUUUAUAUCACAGACUUGAUUGAAAGUUAUAAUGAAUAAGGACUUUUAUUUUACGGGUUCAUUUAGUACAAUUCCUGUUUUUUCUUCAUUGUUUAGUAUUUUUUAAUGCUGCUGUGUGUAUGGGAAACAGUAACAAGGAAAAAACCCAUUAAUAUAGCAAUCAUCUCAAUAAAUAUAAUCUACUGUCUUAAUUUUUUAUCAUAUUGCUAUGGUAAGCCUAUUUUUAUAUAUUGUAAUUAAUAAUAUUUUUGAAUGUUUACUAUCUUUGGAUAAAGAUUUAUGUUUAUAACAGUCACAAAACAAUUUUAACCAAUUUUACUGUGUAUAUAAUGCUAUUUUUGCUAUAGCACAGAAUUUACAUUCUAAGUGAGCCUGGCAGUUUCUACUGACCCUUUUUGAGUUCUUAUAAUGAUCACAUAUAUAUAAUUUUAAUGCAUUAUAUCAUUAUAUAUAUAUAAUAAAUGAAUAAAUCUCUAUGCAAUAACCGCUAUUGACUUUUUUGUGCUGGCUAAUUAGGUGGUUAGAUUAAAAAGAGUUUUGAAUAUAUUUCUUACAUUUCAUUAUUUUUCUGAAUUUUUCUGUAAGUAGUUAUUAUUUACAAGAUUUUAUUAUUAAAGGAUUGCUACAUCAAUUUUUCUAAUGCUUAAUAUUUCUCCAUGCCAAAAAGACCUCUUGUAUUAGUAUUCAGCUGUUCAAGAAACAUAUCCCUAUAUUUUCUACCAUUCCUAAUUAGUCAGCUAACCUGUAAAAAGUGUAUUAUGUGAAGAAGAAAAUCAUAAAUAUUAUUUCAGAGUGCAAUUGUACAUAGCCAUAUUUAUCUUCGCAUAUGAUGAUCAUUAAAAUGUUUUUGUCUGGGUCAUUUGUGUGAGCGUGUUAAGUGCCUGAAAAGAAAUUCUAAUUUUUUAUAUUGUAAUAUAUACUUGUAAAUAAUAUCCUUUUUCAAAAGGUGCUGAGAUAAUAAUUGUAUUAUAAGAUAGUAUAAUGAUUGCUUGCCCCCCCCUUUUUUUUUCCUUUCACAUAUUCUUAAUUUCUACAGAUGACUGUCAAAAGAAUAUUUUUAUGUAUGUUUUAUGUGUGUGCAUAUAUAGUUUUUAAGGACUGACUCAAAAGAGAAUUGCUGAAAGGUAUUUCAUGUAACUUUAAUCUUUUGCUGUUCUAAUUAUUUAAAUGCAUUUGUUGAUAUGACCUUGUUAUUUGAAUGUUUGGAAAUGUAAAUAAAAAUGUGUACCAGGUAUAUUGCAUUUAAAUGUUAGCAUACAAAAAUUUUGCUAGUGAAAUAUUUCAAAAGUUCUGUGAAAUAUGAAAAGAUUGAGACAGUUUCUGUAAAAUGAAAAUAAUAUUUAAAUAUGAGGAAUGAAAAUGAAAUUUAUUGUUUAUUUUAUAUAUAUAUAGUAUAUGUAAAAUCAGAUUAUGUCCAGUGUCAGACAAGAAUCAAGAGUGUGUUUAUGUGUAAAGUUACUCAUUUAAUAAGUUUAUGCAAUAUUUUCUGAUUCUAUGUCAUAGGAGGAAAUUCAUUAAAGUUUUCCAUUAAAAGUAUAUUUUCUUAAGUAAUUGAAAAAGAUAAUUUUUCCAGAUUAGUUCAUAUUCCUUAUUUUGAGGGCUUAAUUCUUAUGCAAGUUUUAAUUCUUAUACUUAAUUCUGAUGCAAACUUCUUUCUUAAAAAUAAAUAAAAGAGACAGACAGUAUAAAUCUUAAUUAAGAAAAUAUUAAAUGCAAUUUGUCUGUCUAUCAAUAAUUUAUUAUAGGUAGAGAGAUAUUCAUUCAACUAUUUGUUUACUGGAAUAUAUUGUUCUUUUGAUAUUAUUGUAAAUGCUUUUGUAGUAUAUUUUUGGUUAAUCAUUUUUAUACAUUAUUUCAUUUUUAAAUAUUUUUUUAUAGAUGAAACAAACAUCUUAUAUGGGAAUUAUGUGUUAUAAUUUCCUUUUCUAAAAUUUUCUGUAAUUUUUUCUUGUGUAGUUUUGCAUUAAAAUUAUUACACAGAAGUGCCAUUCAUAUAAUCUAAUAAUGUGAUUGAUAUAUUUUAGAAAUACCAUUUGCAGUCAAUAACUGCAUUAAAAUUUAAUGUGAUAAAGUUUUCUCUGUAAAGAACAAUAAGUAAUUUUUUAAAAGUGGAAUAAAUUGUUAACUUUAAUCUUGUUCAGAUUUUUUAGAUUUUUCAGAUCUCUAUUGAAUAAAUUUUCUAAAAAAUGUUGCCUGUGAUAUACCUGUAUUAAACUAUAGUAUAUAGUUUUAAAGAAACAUUGCAUAUUUAUAUUUUCAUUAGUAAUUUUGACUUAAUUCGUUCAUGAUUUUUCUUUAUACUUAAGUGAUCUUGUACAUGUAAUAAAAAUGAAGUUAAAAGUUUCUAUGCAUACUUUUUCCUCUGUUGAUCUCAUUAUAACAUCUGAAUAGUUCCUUUUAUUUAAUUUUUUGUGUAUGUAUGAAAUUUUAAGCUUUAUGCCGGUGUAAAUGGAAAACUUACGAGUAUUUUUAUUUUGAAAAUACUUUUAAUGUUUUCCAUAUAGAAUUUUGUAAUAAAUAUACAUAAUAUUUAUUGGGACCAUAUUUUUAUGAUAUUUUAUAGUUUUUUCUUGCUUAUAUUUGAUUUUAAUUUUUUGAAUAUAAUAACAUUUAAAAUUAUAAAAACCACCCAUCUGGAAAAUUUUCUUUUGUUUAUGCCCUUAUUUUGUUUAUCAAAUUUCAUAAGAUAUGUAUUUUAGAACAAUGAUGCUGAAAUUUGUAAAUUUGUUUAAAUAAAUGAUUUUCAAUUUUUGAGCGA